UAUUUUCGUACAUGGAGUCCGGGUAAACCGUUUGAUCAAGCUUUAGAUCCGGCUAAAGAUCCAUGUUUAAAGAUGAAAUGUAGUCGCCAUAAGGUCUGUGUUGCACAGGAUCAACAAACUGCUGUUUGCAUUAGCCACCGAAGGCUUACGCACAGUAUGAAAGAGGCUGGUUUAGGCCAUAAACAGUGGAGGGGUGGUCCCAUUUCAUCAAACUGCAAGCAGUGUCCAGUAGUUUAUACCAAUCCUGUUUGUGGAUCAGAUGGUCACACUUAUUCUUCUCAGUGCAAAUUAGACUAUCAGGCCUGUGUCUCAGGAAAACAAAUCUCAGUGAAAUGUGAAGGACGAUGCCCUUGCCCUUCUGACAAAUCCACAAAUGCAGGCAGAAAUGAUAGGAGAGUGUGCAGUGACCUGGAAUUCAGGGAGGUUGCAAACAGAUUGAGAGACUGGUUCAAGGCACUUCAUGAAAGUGGAAUUCAGAAUAAGAAGACUAGGAUUGUUCAAAGGCCUGAAAGAACCA